AGCCAAAGCAAACCCGAGUGUUCUGGGGCUCGUGGCGUCCCGUAGUUUGGGCGCGGAAUGCAAAACGUAAACAGAAAAAAAACCAGAACAUAAAAUGGACAACGAGGAACCAGCGGAAAAACGUUCAAAUAACAAUUCUGCAACCGAACAUCGCACGGAUGAAUCUACGGAGGUUUCAUUACAGGCUGUAAACGCAGAAGCAGCUUGUGAUCCAUCCCAAAAUGAUGAACCUCAAGGCAACAGGCUGAAGUUGUACAACAAAGUCAUUGAGAAAAGUCUCGAAAGAUUCAUGCACUUCGCUGGCUCUGACCGGUUUUCCAGCAUGUUCCAACAGUUCUAUAAGAUGAACCAUCAGAAGAUGGAAAACAUUUAUAAGCAGUUUGUUGAUGAGUUGCAGAGAACUAUAAAGGAUGAUAUCAGCAGACUGAACAAAGAAGCGAGACUCGAAUCCAAACUCAAUGAGCUGGACAAACUGGAAAGUGCCGCUAAAACUAACCCAGACCCUGCAUGGCGCCCAUCGGGGGUUCCGGAACAAGACUUCAGCAGCUUUAUAAUUCCCUUGUAUCAGAAGCAGGAGGCUUAUUUGCAACGGGAGCUCAAAAAGAUCCAAGCUGAGAAUGCUGCCCUUGCACAAAAGGUUCAGGCUGGCAGGGAGAGAAUUGCUCAGACUGAACAUCUGAUUUCAACAGCUGUUGCAGAGUGGGAGGCAUCAGCCACUGAAAUUGGAAGCGUGGCAUCUUCAUUACGCCCUGCAGAUGUGUUUGAUGUAUGAUCUUCAUAAUAAUUGCUUGAGUUAACUGAUAUAUAUAUAUAGCUUUGCUCAAUGAAAUAAAAUUGGUGAAAUG